AUGGCCGAAGUCAAGGGGGAGAUGCGGCACUUUGUGGCAGUUUGUCUAUUGGCCGAGCAGGAGUUCGGCCCUUUAAAGUCCCGCCUCCUCCAGCAGGACUGGCUGACAAAAUUUGGCUACCUUCCCCCUCCGGAUCCUGUCACGGGACGGCUGCAAACCCAAGAAGAGUUGGCCAAAGCGAUCAUGGCGAUGCAACAGUUUGGAGGUCUGGAAGCCACUGGGAUUCUAGAUACUCACGGAAUGGACCUGUUUGCUGUGGCAGUCCAUGAGUUUGGCCACGCCAUUGGCUUAACCCACAUCUCUGCCAUUGAGUCUAUCAUGAGGCCGUACUAUCAAGGCCCUGUUGGGGAUCCCCUAAAAUAUGACCUGCCUUAUGAAGACAAAGUCCGGAUAUGGCAGCUGUACGGGGUUCGGGAGUCCGUGUCUCCAACGGCCAAGCCUGAAACUUCAAAAGCAGACGAGCACCCCCUGCUGCCCGAUUUGCCAGAAAAUCGCUCAUCAGUCCCGCUCAGAAGAGACGUGCCGAACAGAUGCAACACUCACUUUGAUGCAGUGGCUCAGAUCCGAGGGGAGGCUUUCUUUUUCAAAGGCAAAUAUUUCUGGCGGCUAACACGUAACAGACACCUGGUUUCCCUCCAGCCGGCUCAGAUCCAUCGUUUCUGGCGGGGUUUGCCUCUAAACCUCGACAGUGUGGACACCGUGUACGAGCGAACUCACGAUCAUAAGAUUGUAUUUUUCAAAGGAGACAGAUACUGGGUGUUUAAGGACAAUAAUGUGGAAGAGGGCUACCCCCGACCCAUCUCAGAUUUCGGCUUGCCUCCGGGAGGCAUCGAUGCUGCAUUCUCCUGGGCUCCGAACGACAAGACAUAUUUCUUCAAGGACAAUCUCUACUGGUGCUACGAUGAUCGUGAGAGGCGGAUGCAACCAGGCUAUCCUUCGGAGACCAUGUUGUGGAAAGGUGUGCCUAGUCAGUUGGAUGACGCCACACGGUGGUCGGAUGGGUCAACCUACUUCUUCAAGGGCAAAGAAUACUGGAAAGUCCUGGACAGUGAGCUGGAAGUCGAGCCGGGUUACCCACAAUCCAUUGCCAGAGACUGGCUGGUGUGCAGCGACAUGCAGGCAGAUGCGCCAGAACCGGCGGAGAGCAGCAGGACUGGGUUGCAUUCGAAACAGGGCCACCACGACCAGAGUCGGUCCAAAAGCGAGGUCUGCUCCUGCACCUCCUCAUCUCCCGACCCUUUCUUGUCCUCUUCGGUGCUCAGAGUCUACCUGGGCCUCUUCUUGGCCUUCCUUUGGACCGCGGCGCCGGUUCGCAGACCACGAUGACAGAACGCGUCGUACGGACAGUGGAGGCUGAAACAAUUCAAGGAUGCAAAAGAGGGGAGGGCGGGGUGAGCAGGCGGACGGGCAGACUGGCGGUCCGAUCACAGGAUGCGACACUGUUAAACGAAUGAAUGACACACAACAUUCAUAGCGACGUUGGCAGCUUGGUUUGCAAAUUCUCCAUGAGAAGUUUACCACGUUCUUCUUUUUCUCUCUCGGUUUGUCCUUUCCUUCACGCUGGUUUGUUUUCAUUUUGUUUCCAGCUGGCGAGCUUUGACACCAGACACUGUGGGUUUCUCCCCCCUACGUAUCCUGGCCUUCUCACUCCCUCACCCCACAUCACUGGGAAAAAAUAAAUAAACAU